CCAGCUGCACAAAAGGAAUCGCUUGGAGAAUGUUGGUUUUGCAGGCUCUCCCGGGAUCCAGCUUCCCUCCUGUCAUUCUUCCGUAUGAAACAGCAAUGAAAGCAUGGCAUCUUCCAACCGCUGAUGGGAUCCAGUUUCCCUUCCCUGAAGGAUGGAUUUCCACCUGAAUCACACCGUGAGCAUGAAUGACAGCACUCCAAAUAUCUCCAAGAUAGGACAAAACUUUUCCCACAACGGCGACCUCAGCCCUGCAAGCUACUCUACCUUCAUCAUGCCCACCCUGUUUGGCAUCAUCUGCCUGCUGGGCAUCAUCGGCAACAGCAUGGUGAUCUGCGCCGUCUUCAAGAAGCCCAGCCCCACCAGCAGCGUCCCCGACAUCUUCAUCGUCAACCUAUCCAUGGUGGACUUGCUCUUCCUCCUGGGCAUGCCGUUCCUCAUCCACCAGCUGCUCGGCAACGGCGCUUGGCACUUUGGAGAAACCAUGUGCACCAUCAUCACCGCCUUGGACGCCAACAGCCAGUUCACCAGCACCUACAUCCUCACCGCCAUGUCCAUCGACCGCUACCUGGCCACGGUGUACCCCUUCACUUCCACACGCUUCCGGAAGCCCCCCGUAGCCAUCUCGGCCAUCUGUAUCCUUUGGGCUCUUUCCUUCCUCAGCAUCACUCCCGUGUGGAUGUACGCAAGGCUCAUUCCCUUGGGCGGAGGCUUGCUGGGCUGUGGGAUCUGCCUGCCGGACCCUCGGCGGGACGUCUACUGGUACACCCUGUACCAGUUCUUCCUGGCAUUUGCCAUCCCUUUUGCUCUCAUCACCGUGGCCUACAGAAGGAUCCUGCUGAGGAUGGCAAGCUCCUCGCAAGCCCUUACCGGACAGAGGUGCACCAGGCUCCGCACCAAGAAGGUGACUCGGGUCGCCAUCGCCAUCUGCCUGGCCUUCUUUGUCUGCUGGGCCCCUUUCCACGUCCUGCAGUUGGUCCAGCUGGCCGUGCCCCAGCCCACCCUCGCUUUCUACUAUGCCUACAAUGUGGCCAUCAGCCUGGGCUACGCCAACAGCUGCCUGAACCCUUUCAUCUACAUCUUGCUCGGACAGAACUUUCGCAGGCGCAUCGUCAUCUCCGUCCGGCCUGCAGAUGCCGGGGAGGAGGUGACCCAGAACCGAGUCAAAAGCGCACGGGGACAGCCCAGCGAGUCUGGGCAACCUCUGCUGCAUUUGGUCUCUGUCUCAGCCAGGUAGGGAUGAGAAUAUUGCGGCCUUGUUCCCAUUUAUAGUCCAGUUAGCCGCAGGGACUGAUGACAGUCCGCUGAUAGGAAAAAAGAGAGGAACAUUCACCUUAUGUAUCUAGCUCAGUAGGGUCUGCAGCAGAAGUAGCCAACAUGGCACUCUCCAAAUGUUGCUGGACUGCAACUCUCAUCAGCCACAGCAAGGGGCUGUCAAGGAUCAGGGAUUUCAUUCACUCAUUUGGUUGGUUGGUUUAAUUGCAUUUGUAUACCUGAA